AUGAAAAGUCUAGCUAAAUAAAACCCAGCAUUAUAAGUGAUUGGAAUGUCUAGAUCAGCUAAAGCAAGAGAUGAAGAGAUAAAGAAAAUGUAAAAUGUUAGUUUUGUUAAAGGAAAUUGUCUGGAUGCAGAAUCAUUUAGAGGACAUUUAGUUGGAGUGGAUGCAAUCAUUCAUUGUGUAGGAACUCUUAUUGAGUCAAAAACUAACCCUGACUUGUCAUAUGAUGCGAUGAACAGAGACUCGGCGAUUAAUAUGGCAGGUGAAUUACAUGACAUAGCAUUCAAGGAAGGUGUAACAAAGAAUUUCGUAAUGAUUUCAUCUGAAAAGGCACCACCUUUCCUAGAAAAGUAUCUAACUUCUAAAUUAGAAGCUGAAAGAUACAUUCUGAGUGAUGAAUGUUCCAAUUUAAAGCCAACAAUAAUAAGACCAGGUUUCAUUUAUGAUUUCAGUCACAGAUGGUGGUCUCUCCCUCUUAAGAUAGGAGUUGAUUCUGCAUGGAUGCUUAAUGAAAAAGUCUAUAAGCAUAGUCCAUUCAGUAAAUAAACAGACUUUCUAUUCCCUGCGAAGAGUACCAAACUCUCAACAGUUGCUCAUUUCGCUAUUGAAGGAGCUCUUGGUAGAAAUGAAAACAAAAUAAUCACAAAUGAACAAAUGAUUAAAUAUGAAAGUGGAGCUAAAUGA